GAGAGAGAGAGAGAGAGAGAGAGAGAGAGAGAGAGAGGGAACGGGGCGACGUGAGUGUCUCCUAUCUCACUAGAACUCAAACUAACGGGAUCUUCUUAUAUCCUCUACAUGCACAGAGAUUCAAGAACCAGACAAGUGAAAGUGCGAGUUCAUUACUCCAGGAAAAAGAGAGCCAGCACGAACUCAGAUUGCUUUCUGACUUUCUGCUUUUGCUGAUGUUUGACGGAGGUACAGUGAAACUGUGUGGAUAUUCCUCUGCGAUUUUCUUUAAUUGCGAAAGUGUAGGCUAAAUAUUGCCGUUUUUUUCCGGUGUGGUUUAGAUCAGGUGGAGUUUGCCCAUGUGUUGGAGUCAGAUUCAGAUUCACAUUAGUUUGUUAUUUGGCACCGGUUUGGUCGUGGUGUCAUAGCGGCUGUGGAUUGAUCUCGCUCAGAUUUUCAACUGAUUUCCCCCCGUUACAUCUGCUAACAGAGAACAUCUUCUCUCAUUAGGACACGGCUGUGUUUCAGCUCAGAGAGACUGAGGAAGGCGCGUGAUGAUGUUGAGGGUCUCGGAUGCUUUGGUCACUUUGGUGACUCUCUACUGUGUGUUCAACGGGACUGUCGGCGGAUAUGGCAUGAGCAUGUUCGCCGCUCAGACCUCCCCACCGGAUCCGUGUUACGACGAGAACGGUCACCCCAGACGAUGUAUCCCCGAUUUCGUGAACGCGGCGUUCGGUAAGGAAGUGCGCGCGUCCAGCACCUGCGGCAAAACACCGAGUCGGUACUGUGUGGUGACCGAGAAAGGGGAUGAAAGGCAUAGAAACUGCCACACGUGCGAGGCGUCGGACCCAAAGAAAUAUCACCCACCUGCUUACCUAACCGACCUGAACAAUCCUCAUAAUCUCACCUGCUGGCAGUCGGACAAUUACAUCCAAUAUCCUCAAAACGUCACUUUAACAUUAUCCCUAAACAAGAAAUUCGAAGUGACCUACGUGAGUUUGCAGUUCUGCUCACCCCGACCAGAGUCUAUGGGUAUAUUUAAAUCAAUGGACUACGGCAAGUCCUGGGUGCCUUUCCAGUAUUACUCGACCCAGUGUCGAAAGAUGUUCAACAAGCCCAGCAAAGCCACGAUCACUAAGCAAAACGAGCAAGAGGCUAUCUGCACAGAUUCUCACACCGACAUGCACCCACUCUCUGGCGGCUUGAUCGCGUUCAGCACCCUGGACGGACGACCUUCCGCGCACGACUUUGACAAUUCACCCGUACUUCAGGACUGGGUGACUGCCACUGACAUUAAGGUUACUUUCAGCCGACUGCACACUUUCGGAGACGAAAAUGAGGAUGACUCGGAGCUGGCCAGAGAUUCCUAUUUUUACGCCGUGUCAGACCUGCAGGUCGGAGGCAGAUGCAAGUGUAAUGGACACGCGUCACGGUGCGUCAAAGACCGGGAUGGAAACCUAGUGUGCGAGUGCAAGCACAAUACAGCCGGACCAGAGUGUGACAGAUGCAAACCGUUUCACUAUGACCGACCCUGGCAGCGCGCAACCGCAAGAGAAGCCAACGAAUGUGUCGCCUGCAAUUGUAACCUCCAUGCAAGGCGCUGUCGUUUCAACAUGGAGCUUUACAAACUCUCCGGUAGGAAAAGCGGAGGAGUCUGCCUGAACUGCCGGCACAACACGGCUGGUCGCCACUGCCACUACUGCAAAGAGGGCUACUACAGAGACAUGUCGAAGCCCAUCUCUCACAGAAAGGCCUGCAAAGCCUGUGAUUGCCAUCCUGUGGGGGCCGCUGGCAAAACCUGUAACCAAACCACAGGCCAAUGCCCCUGUAAAGACGGUGUGACGGGUAUCACAUGCAACCGUUGUGCUAAAGGCUACCAGCAGAGCCGAUCACCCAUUGCCCCCUGCAUAAAAAUUCCCAUUGCUCCACCAACCACAACUGCAAGCAGCACAGAGGAACCUUCAGACUGCGAGUCUUACUGCAAGGCAUCCAAAGGCAAGCUGAAGAUCAAUAUGAAGAAGUACUGCAAGAAAGAUUACGCUGUUCAGGUCCACAUCUUAAAAGCAGAAAAAGCCGGUGAGUGGUGGAAGUUCACCGUCAACAUCAUCUCUGUCUACAAACAGGGUGAAAGCCGAAUCCGCAGGGGAGACCAGUUUUUGUGGGUCAGAGCAAAGGACGUGGCCUGCAAGUGCCCAAAGAUAAAGCCCGGCAAGAAGUACCUACUUCUGGGCAAUGACGAGGAUUCCCCUGGACAAAGCGGAGUGGUGGCAGACAAGGGCAGUCUGGUCAUUCAAUGGAGGGACACUUGGGCUCGAAGACUCCGGAAGUUUCAGCAGCGCGAGAAGAAAGGAAAAUGCAAGAAAGCGUAGUGAGGCGAAAAGGAAAGAGGUGGCCAUCCAGAGCUGGACAGAGAAACAACAGACGAGUGGUGGAUGAAAAGAUAAUAAGGGAAAGGAAGAGAGGAAGAGAGAGAGAGAGAGAGAGAGAAAGGAACUGAACAUCGCUGCUUUGAAUAAAGGCAUGAAGACAAUAUUAACAUUUUGUUUUUAAAAUAGGAACAUGUGUGAAGGAGUUCACGAUGCAGUUUUCAUUUCUUAUUUGUUUCCUUCGAGAUUUGUUUGCUGUUUGCCAAUUUUGCACCUGUGUCCAUUAUAAAGAAAGCUAUUGGAUUAUUUUUUAAAUGGCUUCAUAUUUCAGAUCCAUCAGAUCAAGCUGUAUUUCAUAUUCUAAAACAGAAUUUUCAAAGUAAA